AUGCCGCCGAGUUACUCCAGCCGGCGCGGCCAGGCCGUGAACGUGUCACAAUUAUUACAAGACUUGAAUAGAGUCCCGGAGCCUACUGCAGCGCCGGAAGAAAACUUACGAAAUCUCGACGAUGAAUUGGCCAUGUUCACUAAUACCAAUUUCAUCGAUUGGGAUGCAAACGAGAGCCAGCAGCAGCGACAACAACAACAGCAGCAACAGCAGCAGCAACAGCAACAGGCUUCAUCAAGUGUUAGUUUGGACACACAAUCAACAACAUCGCCCACAGAAGAAGGGCCAAUGAGUAGUGAUUUAGCGGGAUUUGACUUCAACCUGCCAGGCGACUUCAACGGGUUUGACUUUCACCCUUAUUCAACGCCAAAUGUCUCGGCUUUCUCAGACAACUUGGGAAACCUACAACCUAUCCAGCCUUCGCCAACUUUCCCUGCCAAUGGAUCGCCACAGAGUGCCUACGGGGCUUCAAUUCCGCAGACGGGAGAUAAGCGAAAAUCUGCUGACCCUGCCGUUCCACCUCGCCGGCAGUUGUCUUUCGAGGAGCAGUCCCGGUUAGCUGCGGAAGAGGAUAAGCGGAGGCGGAAUACGGCCGCUAGCGCAAGAUUCCGCAUUAAGAAGAAAGCUCGCGAGCAAGCUCUCGAAAAGCGCGAGAAGGAGUUAAGUGACAAGGUCGGGACCCUCGAGGGUCGCAUUCAAACUUUAGAGACCGAGAACAAAUGGUUAAGAGAACUUGUUAUGGAAAAGACAGGCGGGAACGAAACGCUAAUCUCCACAUUAUUGGAAAAGCAUAAUGAGAAGAAGCCAGCUGGAAAAGAGUCAGAGAGUAAUGCUAAGGCGGAAGCCGAGAAGGCCUCAUAG